GUCAAGUGCGCUGGAAACGAGAAGGAUCGUACGAUGGUUAUGCUGCUUGGGGACUCCCUGGGCUCGAAGUAUAGUCAUUUCAUCGUAUUCAAAGUCCGCGAAUCCAAGAUUGAAAUCAGGCGCCAAGAAAACAAGACUUUUCGUCAUGAGUUCAGCCGAGGUAUGUGGAAG